AGUCUGUAGAGGACCGCGUGGGCUAGCAGUCCCCCCCCUCCUGGGCUCGCUAAAUGGGCGGAGCGUAGAGCGAGAGGGGGCCGGGCGCCGCGCGCCUGCACCUGUAGGAGGUGAGCGGCCCCGCCCCCGCCCCCGGCGCCAGGCUCGGGACACAAAAGGCGGGCGCAGCCGCAGCUGCGGCACGGUCGGCGCGCCUCUCUCAGUCGCUCUCCCGCUCGUUCGCUCGCUCCCUCCCCUCCCUCGCUCCUCCCUCCCUCCCUCGCUCCCUCCCUCUUUCCCAGCCCACCGACCUGCCGGCUGCCAGCUUCCCCUCCACAGAUCUCGGACCCCGCCGCCGCAUGGCCAGCACGCCGCACCAGCGCCGGCCCACUGGGCCGCCCAACGCCGCCCCCAGCCUGGGAGCCGGGGCCGCGUCGUUGCCCAACGAGGACGACGAGUCCCGAGAGAAGAUGCUCCGGCGGCAAAACGGCGGCGGCCGUGGGGACGCCGGGGACGCCGUAGCCGGCGGCGGGCCCGGGCCCGGGACCGAGGCCGAAGCCGAAGGCGUAACCCUGCAGCGCUCUAUCACGCUGCUCAACGGCGUGGCCAUCAUCCUGGGCACUAUCAUCGGCUCGGGCAUCUUCGUGACGCCCACCGGUGUGCUCAAGGAGGCCGGCUCUCCUGGCCUUGCUUUAGUCGUAUGGGCCGCCUGCGGGCUCUUCUCCAUCGUGGGCGCGCUCUGCUACGCCGAGCUGGGCACCACCAUCACCAAGUCCGGCGGCGACUACGCCUACAUGCUCGAGGUCUACGGCUCGCUGCCCGCCUUCCUCAAGCUCUGGGUGGAGCUGCUCAUCAUCCGGCCCUCGUCGCAGUAUAUCGUGGCGCUCGUCUUCGCUACCUACCUGCUCAAGCCGCUCUUCCCCACCUGCCCUGUGCCGGACGACGCCGCCAAGCUCGUGGCCUGCCUCUGCGUGCUGUUACUCACAGCAGUGAACUGUUACAGUGUGAAAGCUGCCACGCGGGUCCAGGAUGCAUUUGCUGCAGCAAAGUUGCUGGCUUUGGCCUUGAUCAUUCUACUUGGCUUCAUUCAAAUUGGGAAGGGUGAGGUCUCCAGUCUGAGCCCCCAGGUGGCCUUCGAAGGCACCAAGUUAGAUGUCGGGAACAUCGUGCUGGCGCUGUACAGCGGCCUCUUUGCCUACGGCGGCUGGAAUUAUUUGAACUUUGUCACAGAGGAGAUGAUAAACCCUUACAGAAACCUGCCGCUGGCCAUCAUCAUCUCCCUGCCCGUGGUCACCCUGGUGUACGUCCUCACAAACCUGGCCUACUUCACCACUCUGUCCACGGAGCAGAUGCUGAGCUCCGAAGCGGUGGCUGUGGACUUUGGGAACUACCACCUGGGUGUCAUGUCCUGGAUCAUCCCCGUCUUCGUGGGCUUGUCAUGCUUCGGAUCAGUCAAUGGCUCCCUCUUCACUUCCUCCAGGUUGUUCUUUGUGGGCUCCAGGGAGGGCCACCUGCCCUCCAUCCUGUCCAUGAUCCACCCCAAGAACCUGACUCCCGUGCCGUCCCUCGUGUUCACGUGCGCCAUGACCCUGCUCUACGCCUUCUCCAAAGACAUCUUCUCCGUCAUCAACUUCUUCAGCUUCUUUAACUGGCUGUGCGUGGCCCUGGCCAUCAUCGGGAUGAUGUGGCUGCGCUUCAAGCGGCCCGAGAUGAACAGGCCCAUAAAGGUGAACCUCGCCCUGCCCGUCUUCUUCAUCAUGGCCUGCCUGUUCCUGAUCGCCGUCUCCUUCUGGAAAACGCCCGUGGAGUGCGCCAUCGGCUUCGUCAUCAUCCUCACCGGCAUCCCCAUUUACUUCAUCGGGGUCUGGUGGCAGAACAAGCCCAAGUGGCUGCUGCAGGGCAUCUUCUCCACGACGGUCCUGUGCCAGAAGCUCAUGGAGGUGGUUCCCCAGGAGUCCUGAACCCCCGAGGGCGUCCCUCGGAAAACAGCCCCCCUCAGACAACUACGACGAGCCCCGCAGUUCCCUCCCCACCCCCGCCCCCGGCCUGGCAGGGCUGCCCGCAGCCUCCCCUCCUGUGCUCGAGCCCGGCAGCUGAGGGUGCUCUGAAAGAAAAACUGCGGUACAAAAGGAUCUCCUGAAUACCUCCUCGGCCGCGGGGCCAGGGAACACGCACUCCAACAAGGCACUGACUCUGGACUUCGGGCUGACAGCUAGAUGUUCUUUUCGAGAAUGUUUGUUUUCAGUCAUUUAUUUUUUGACUUAAGGCUCCAUCUAGUAGAUACUAUUGAUACGAUUUCUUUUUACAAGUGAGGGUAUUUUUCCCAGCGCCGGCCCGCGGACCUCCGGAUGGGACCAACACAGCGACUCUGGGGCAGGCGGCGCUCUCUGCCCGCGCCUCGGGGCGCCGCGGGCAGAACCACGGAGACUCCCGUGUGCAUCUCUCGGGGCUCGCACUGACCCCCGAGGCUCUGCUUCUGCUCCUCAUUUUGUUAUCACCCUGAUGUUGGGUUGUUGGUUUGUGUUUUUUUAAUUGUCAUAAAUGGAGCUAGUUCAAACUGAA